AGUAUGAACAAGUUGUCCAUUACAUUACGUAAGUAAAAUCGAAAUCGGCGGAGGCUAAACAGCAACAGAGAAAUACAAAUGAGAAUUUUGAAUCGUUGAGAAUCAUUCGUCAAGCACCACUAACUAAGCCUUUUAAAGAUGCCUUGGAAUUGUUUAUGUUCUUCUUCGAAGAAAUCCAAAAAAUCAAAGUACAAUGAGAAUAUUAAGAACCACAAUGACGUACCUGAAAAUACCGAGCCGGAAAAGAAGCGAAAACCGAAAUUCUACACAAAUUUGAGGCUUGAUCAAUGUGAAAAAAAUCCCAAGACCAAUAAUUCUUCGUCACUUGACAGUCAAUUUGACCAAAAAUCCAUCAACGAGUUGAACGAACACUUAUAUGACUCGUACGAUACUUUGCCAAAUCUAAACAAGAACAUCGUAAAUGUCCCCGAGAAUAACAAAAACUAUCUCAAUGUCAAUCAACAACAGGAGAAACAAAGAUCGAUGGGAAAGAUCGACGAUGAUGAUAACAUUUUACGACCAAAGCAUCUCAUUCUAUGUUUAAGUAAUGAGAAUCUUCCAUUUAUUGAUUCUGAUUCACCGGGAUGUUCACAUUACAACGAUCGGAUAAUUGAGAUGAUGCCACGAAAUUUGCUGAUGUCGAGUUCAAUGGAACGUCAAAAUAACAGCGCAAGCGAAUGGGAAAAGUUGCAUCACAUGCAGAAAACAUUUCCAACUCAUAAGUACAUUGAGAUCGACGUGAUGGAUGCACAAAUCUGUCAGAAAUGUCAUAAGCACUUAAGCUUCAAGAAGACUUACAAAUGUACACUUUGUGAUUUUAUUUGUCAUCAAAUAUGCGCGGUUGAUAAGUCUGGCAGCUAUGAGGAUCGACAACAGCAGUUGGAAAGAAAUGAAUUGCAUAAUCGGCCAAAAACGCCAACCAAAAACCAGCUGUGUUAUGUAACGGAAAGAAUUCUUGCUGCAGUGUUGCCAACAAAAGAUACUUCAGCGAAAAUCAAUGACUUGUUUCUUUAUGAUGAGAAUGGAAAUCGGAGAGGUGAUAAACACGAAACUGAUCUUCUCCAAAUGCUUGAACAAAAGCACGGCAAAAAUUUUCGUUUAUUUGAUUUGGAAUCAUGCAUACCGACAAUAUCGUUGGAGAAACUUUGUGAACUAUGCAAACAUAUCGAGUCUUGGUUGAAUAGCGGCCAUAACAAGAUUGUUGUCCUUCAAGACAGGGAAAGCUUUCAACGUGUUGGUGCAUCAGUAGCGGCUUACUUACAUUACCAGAAGAUUUGCAGUACAAAUUUGGCACCGUAUUCCAUCCGAUCAAAUUCAAGCGACCCAUCCCGAAAUAUUCAAGAUCUUGAUGAAUAUUCAAUGCAAAAAUUUCUCGACGACAUCGUUGGACCCAUCACAGAACCUGCUUUGAAAAGAUACCUCGAAUAUUUUAUUGGAUUACUCUCAGGCGAAAUCAAAAUCAAUUCUCAGCCUUUGUACCUAAGAUUUAUCAAAAUGGAAUCUCCACCAUGUAUGCAUCACAAGAUAUCGCAUCACGAGAACGAAUGGAGUAGCUUUAUAAAAGUCUUCGAGGGAGAGAAAUUUGUGUUCAUAUCGGAUAUUUAUAUCAUGCCCAUCUCCACUAAGCAGUUCAUUUAUGAGAUCAAAAAUCCUCUCAACUUACGCGGCGAUAUUUUUGUUCACUUCUUUCAAAUUCAUAACAAAUCUCGUCAAACUGAGUUAAUCUCGACAGUUCAAUUUCACACAUGUGCCAUAACACGAAACGAAGUAGAAUUCCAUAAAAGUGAUAUUUCAUUUCCACGUUCUGAUGAGAAGUUUCCGACGGAUCAUAAGAUUACUUUAAUAUUCAACAAGAAUGCCGAUCCAGACAAUUCAAAUCGUUCAAACUCCGAUGUUUUAAUGUUUCAAAAUCCUUUAAUUCGCAAAGAACCGAUUUCAAACUUCUCUUCUAUUGCCGAUUUAUCACAAUAUGCUCAACAUACACAUGGGCCGGUUGAUGGAUCGCUUUAUGCAACAAUAGCAAAAGCAGCAGCAGCAAAUAAUUCAAAUCAUGCUGAUAACGAAUUAACUGUGCAAAAUAUACAAACAAUCGAGACACGUUUGAAUACGCCGCCGACAUCGAAGAAUUCCCGCAUUUUAUCAACGAUACUCGAAUGGGAUAACAUUAGAAAUGGUGGAGAGAAUGGUGGAGUUGGAGAACAUAAUAACGGUGGCGGUGGGUACAUGAAUACUGCAUCGUUGAGAACAAGACAAGAACAACCAAGAUCUUUUGUGAAAAGUCCAUUAAUGCGCAGCUAUGACUCUGGCAUUUACAGUCAUGAAGUUACAAAUAAAAACAAUACAUCAUCAGCCUUAUCUUGGCAUGAUGGAGCAACAAGCCCAACAACAGCAAAUAAUUGUCAUGUCGAAUUGGACAACUUGCUCUCGGAAAUGUUGUUAACUGUUGAAACAUUACCUGAUAUAAGUUACAGCAACAGUAAUACGACGAGAAAUAAACAAAUUGAAGUAUUUUCGAUGAAACGAUCAAAUGCAAAUGAAAGAACAUCACCACAUCGAACGACAUUUGAGAGUAACACAAUCAACACUAAUGCAAAUAAUCAAGAAUUUAAGCGAUCACACGUGCAACAUAUGAAAAAUUAUAAUCUUGAUACUUUCGGUUAUUCUAAAAAUAAUCAAGACAUUGGCGAAACAUCAAGCAUCACGACUACAACAUUAACACCAACAGAAUCUCGUUGCAAUACACCAGCAAUGUCCGAUCAUCAGGGAAUGUUUAAAGCUUACCAACACCACGAUGAACUUUAUUAUGAUACUGACACACAAAUGCAAUUACAUGGAGGAAGGCAACGACAAUUUCAGCUACAACACAUUGACAACACAUCGCGAAAAGAAUAUGAAAAGCAAACUGAAAAUCUUUUGCAAAGUUCAAGUCAGUCGAAUAGUUACAUGGAAGUAUUACGGUCGGAAAAUCGAUCUGGAGAUCGUCCUGACUCCAAUAUUCCUUACCACGCCCGUGAAUAUUCGAAGCCUUUCUCAUAUGGAAUUCCGGGUGAAGGUAGGAUGAUGAAAAUGCAAACGGGAUUAUCAAGUCCAUCGAUGGUACGUAAAGCUCUCAAUGUGAAUGGAACAUCUGGUCGGAAAACUCCAGUUCACGAGUUUGAAGAGCGUGCCAAGUAUGGGAGAUACGUCGAAAAUAAAUAUACUAUCGGUGACAAAACGCCCGAGAAUAAUUUGAGUGUGUUUGAUAAUAAUAAAGAGUUUGAUUAUCGGAAUCGAAGUGAAAAUCAGAGAUACAAGGACGGUGCAAGUUUCAGUAUUGAAAAUAGCGAUGUGGAAAGCGCUCAUUAUUUCGAGCCAUUAAGACGAUCAAAUACGAUGGAUGGAAGUUUUGGUCGCAGCGGAUACGCAUCUGAUGGUGGUUCUAGCCAAACAUGGUUGCAAGUGCAACAACAAAGAUUGCGAGCAAAACGAGCGCAACGUCCAAAGGAGGUAUUUGACUUCACUGAUGGAGCUUCUCGACGAAGUCAAACUUUGUCACCAGUUAGAAAUUAUAACACGUUGGCAGUGGCUAAAGAGCCAAAGUUUGUGACAAUCAAGCGAACUACCGAGCAAGUCGUUUCAAAACCUUACAAGAACGAUUAUUUAGAAAGCAAUCCAUUCGACUAUCACAAUCGAACGGCAUCUCAUUCACGAUCAUAUAACGAAAAGUUUGCAACGAUUAAUAACAUGGCACGAAGGAACAUGCCCAUAACAUCAACUCCAUAUGAAGCGAUGGAUCAUAUUAAUAACAAUACAAUGGAAAGCACAUCUGAAAUGGAUGCUCUCGACAAUAUUCUCGAAUCGAUAGCAUUCGAGAAUUUCACAACCAACAUACAUUUAUCGGAAAUGGUGAAUGGAGUGGCGAAGGAGUCAAAAGUUAAUUUAACAUCUAAUGAUAAUAUUAACAUUAGCAAUAAGACUGACACGUUAAACCGCUUUUUCGAUAAUUUAAUUAACUUUAAUCGCGAGUGUGAGAAAGCUAACAUAAGAAAAUCUGAAUCAUCAUCUGAUCAUAGCUCAUCGCCCGACCAUCAAAAUAAUAAUAAUAAGAAUAAUUUUAAUGGCAGAGUGCCAUAUCCACAGACACGUAAUGAAUCAGUUUCUUCAUAUCGUUCGGAAACGGAAACUGAAGUUUCACGGCCUGAAACGCCAGCUUUUCCCGUGACACCACGAACGCCAAUUCAUUUUGGCAGCACUUCAACUUUACCACCAAAAAGUCCAACAUUGCAACGUAACUAUUUGGGUGGUUGGUCAAUUCACACUGAAAAAUCGACUAUCGCGUCUUCCGAUCGAAGACGGGACUUGUCGAAUCGAAUUCAUGAAGUGGCGAACGUUAACGAAACUGUUUCAACUUAUACAUCAAGGCGAAACUCUUCAAACUCAGCUAUAUCAAAUGCAAAUAGCGAGCCAUUUGAAAUUGCUCCGCAUCAUGUUAAGUUUGCACGUGACUCAUCAAGAUUCUGGUAUAAGCCAGCAUUGACUCGUGAAGAAGCCAUCAAUUUGUUGAGAAAUGCACAACCAGGAACAUUUGUUGUUCGAGAUUCGACAACUUUUGCAAAUGCUUUUGGUUUGGUCGUGAGAGUUUCACAACCACCGCCUGGAACCAAAGGACAAGGCGGGGAUGAGUUGGUUCGUCACUUCUUAGUUGAGCCAACUGUUCGUGGUGUUCGUUUGAAGGGAUGUUCCAAUGAACCAGUUUUCAGUUCAUUGUCAGCUUUGAUUUAUCAACACUCAGUCACACCAUUGGCUUUGCCAUGUCGUUUGAUUCUUCCAGAACGUGACAUUCAAUAUCGCGACAAUUAUCAGACAUCGGGACAAAAGCAGAUUGUAUCUCAAGGAGCAGCUUGUAAUGUUUUGUAUCUGUUCAGUGUCGAUACGGAAUCAUUAACCGGACCACAAGCUGUCCGCAAAGCAAUUCGAUUAUUGUUUGAACGACGACCAUUGCCAACACCUACGGAAGUUCACUUCAAGGUGGCGUCACAAGGAAUCACCUUGACCGACAAUUCUCGCCAACUUUUCUUCCGUAAACAUUAUCCGGUCAACUCGGUUACUUUCUUCGGUCUUGAUCCCGAUGAUCAUCGUUGGAGUGUUCAAGUCACCAAUGAGGAAAUUCCCGUUCAAAAUCAACACAUUUUUGCUUUUAUUGCGAAGAAAUCAUCUUCGUCUUCUGAUAAUCAGUGUCAUAUAUUCUGCGAAUUGGAAGCGAGACAACCAGCAUCAGCAAUUGUCUCAUUUGCGCAGAAAGUCUUACUCGACGAAGCCACAAGACAACAGCACGCUCCAGCACAAAUCUAAUCCAGGAAUUUAAUCAUAAAAAUAUUAUUUUAAUAAACUUUUUAAUUUCGCUUCUUGAUGUGUAGUCGGUCACGAUGAUAUUAAUUUUUUUUCUUUUUAAUUAUAAUUAAAAUCGUCCUCGACGAGCGAUGGAGAAGAAUACUUACUAAUUUAAUUAAAAUGAUUGAUUUAUCGCAUAAAACACUAACCUUCCAAUUAAUUAUUCAAUUGAACAAAGAGAAAAAAUGUCAUAAUGACAUGGGUGGGUGGAUUUUAAAAUGUCAUUGUAGAAUUUUUAAUUGAUUUAUUGGGAUAUGAUGAAGUUUGAGGAAUUUAAAGUGUUUAUGGGGGUGAUAAAUAUUUUUCUAAUAAAGCUUUUGGUUGACUCUAUUCAUCAGUUCUAUCAAUAGUUACGUCAACGUUAUUAAUGACAUUAUCUAUGAAUCAACCCUUUUAAAAUUUAUCUAAUGUCUAAGAAAGCAACACAAAAUGAACUAAUCAAAUGAUCAUUGUUCCCAAUCAAACUAAACUAAAUAUAAUAAACACGAAGAAGAAGAAGAAAAUAAAUAAUCAAACUAACUAAAUAAUAAAGUUGCAAAAAAAAUAAGAAAAUGGAAAAUAAAAAGAAAAUCUACGUAAAUAAAUAUGAAAGAAAUUGUUUUUAA